AUGCCUCAGUUUGAUUUUGCCGACAAAGUCUAUACAGAUAGUAAAACUCUCCGUUCUUGCACAACAAGUAAAACAUUAAGACGUCUACGUGCAUUUGAACAUCACAAUUACAAAAGAACAUUCGAAGUACAGAAAAUCGGUCAUAAUAUCACAGAUGCACACGAGCUGAAUGAUGGUGGCCUACCUAGUACCCGGGCGAAUCUAACAUUCUCAUUGAACAAGAAAAAACGUUGGCUAUUGCCAGACAUUCUUGAACAACGUAUUCUACAAUGUAAAUCUGAUGAAAAAGCUUAUGAUCCGACUAUUGACGAACGCUUAAAGAUAGUUAUGUACGAAAAUGAAAAUGUCGACCAUGAUUCAACUUGUAUCCGCUAUGCAAAUAGUCAAGCUGAACCACAGAUUCUCUAUAAAAAGGGACGUAGAUUCAAUUCAAAAACAUUGACGAAAUGGAUGGAUUUUCAAACGCGUGAACGGUGGGGUCGACGGCGCCGGCGGGCCAGAGAUUCUGAUCAAGUAAAUCACCCGAAUUUUGGCUUUACGCAACGACCGGGCUUUUUUCCCAGUGAAGUUACAUACCACUUUUUAUAUCCGAGACGGUCGGCACCAUCAUCAACAUUUCGAACAAGAAAAUCCGCGUUGUUAUAUAAAGAAGUACCAGAUGAUGUACAUGAUGUGGGUGGAAGAAGUCAACUGUACGAGCUCGAUUCUUAUCUGGACGAAGAGGAGAUUGACUAUGAAGAAGUCAUUACUAUGACAUCAAAUGACUUGGAUGAAAACGAAAAAUGGUCAAUAGUUUUCGACAAUCAAUACGCUGAGGUUAAUGAAUUUCCGUUAGAAUCUUUCAUUUCCGCUUCGCGUAAAUCUCCUCGUCUUCCUCAUUCACGUGAGGCUUUUGUCAAAACAAUCAAUGAUACAAAAGCGCAUAAAUACUACGAACCUACUGCAACACCUUCACCUGUCAAAGAAAACACUUCGGUUACCAACGAAACGUCAUUAUGUUCUAUUCCAUGUUCAGAUGAAUCAGAUUUUCUCAAUCAAAUGAAACAAUCAGCCAUGAAUCUCUCACAGGCAAAUCUUUCACCAGCCGUAUUUCUUCAACGAACAUCUUCAGCAACAUUUUGCGCUGUCUAUACUUACUGUCGCGAAAUAUCAAAAGUCAAUGUUACAAUCAAGUACCCUUCGGUCUGUCCGAAAAUUGUUUUCGAUGCAAAAUCUGUCACCUUAACACAAUUAGUUCAGAUUAUAUCAGACAAAUUCGAUGAAUCUGUGAAGGAACCCGAAUUGUCAUCAAUCUUACAGAAAUCUCGAAUUUCUGUCAAUGAUCUUCGAGGUUCAUUACCAGUACCACCGAAUGUUAUGCGAAAGAUGCUUUUAGUACAACCUAAUGCAUUGAAUAAGCAAACAGUGUUACAGAAUGAGCACAUCAGCGCAAAACAAAACGAUUCUACUGGGCAAUUCUUUGAUACAACUCAUCAUGAAUACGAAAUGUUGGAAUGUUCGAUCUGUUAUGAUGUUUUGACUACCAACGAUGCUUAUCGUCUUCUUCCUUGUAAUCAUACGCUUUGCCAGAUAUGUUUAAGCACAUAUAUUCGAACAACUGUUGCUUCAGCUACGUAUUCCUCGUCAAGUAUAUCACCUAUUACUUGUUUUCAACCAAACUGUCCCACUCAAUUGAAUUCUGCACUUCUUCAAGUUUAUCUCUCGUUCGAAAUCUAUCAACUGUACACUGAUGCAUUGGUUGAUCGUCAGUUAUUUUCAUUGGGCAAAUAUCGAAAAUGUCCAUCGCGCUCGUGUUCAAAUCUACUUAUUGUUGAUGAAAAUAAUAACCAGUCAUCGAUGUGUUCGUGCGGACAACGUGUGUGUGUGAAAUGCUUAGAAGAAUAUCACUUUCCGGCUACUUGUCGUCAAUAUAAAACCUAUGUAGAAUGUUUACGUAAAAGCGGUGAUGAUAUUUUAAGUUUGUCAAAAGUGGGAGACAAUCCCGAUUGUUACAUUGCUGAAGGAAAGAACUGUCCCAAUUGUGGAGAAUUCGUUGAGAAAAAUGGAGGUUGUCCUCAUAUGACUUGUAAAUGUGGUAAUGAAUAUUGCUGGAAUUGCUUGAAACCUUGGCAUUCACACAAUUAUGCUACUUGUUUUGUUGUUGGUGAAUCAGUUCAUGAGCUUCGUUCAUCCACACGCAAUCGUUUGCAUAACAAAGCGGUUAAUCAUCGUCGUCGUCGUAAUCAAUACGCAUUUGAUCAACUCACAUCGGCAAUCUGUCAUUCGAAGCCUUGCUCACCUUAUCAUGACAUUCUUCUCGCGACUUAUAUUGAUUUGAACACAUUAGCUGAAUACAUCUAUGUUGUACUACAACGACGACGUUUGAAUGUUUUCAUUCGAGCAGUUUUAGGUCAGACAGCUAAACGUUUAGCAUUAGAUGCAUCUCAAAUCAAAAUACAAGUUGAAUGUGGAAAGAUCAAAAUCGAGUACAUCAACCAGAUGCGAGAACGGCUCCAAGGAACACUGGCUAGUUUAGCUCAUAUGAGAAAAACCAAAGUUUUAUUUUAA